AUGAAUCGUAUGGUAAAAAACAAAGCACCCGCUCCAAUCCAAAUCACCGCCGAGCAGCUGCUGCGAGAAGCAAAGGAGCGCGAUUUGGAAAUUUUGCCCCCCCCUCCGAAGCAAAAGAUAUCUGAUCCAGAAGAGUUAAAGGAGUACCAGUUAAAGCGACGAAAGGAGUUCGAGGAUAACAUUCGAAAAAAUCGUGGUAACGUGCCAAACUGGAUAAAGUACGCGAAAUGGGAGGAGAGUCAGGCGGAACUACAGCGGGCAAGGUCGAUUUUCGAGCGAGCCUUGGACGUUGACCAUCGAAAUAUCAGCAUCUGGUUGCAAUAUGCCGAAAUGGAAAUGAGAAAUCGUCAAGUGAAUCACGCAAGGAACAUAUGGGAUCGAGCCGUGUCGCUUUUGCCACGAGCCAAUCAGUUCUGGCUAAAGUAUUCGUUCAUGGAGGAAAUGAUUGAAAACAUUCCGGGCGCUCGACAGGUUUUCGAACGCUGGAUGGAGUGGGAGCCUAGCGAACAGGCAUGGCAAACGUACAUCAACUUCGAGCUACGUUACCAUGAAAUCGAGCGGGCUCGAGCCAUCUGGCAGCGCUAUAUCCUUUCUCGACAUUUUAUGAAUGUGAAGAAUUGGAUUCGGUAUGCGAAGUUCGAAGAACGUCACGGGUUUGUCGUCAACGCUCGUAAGGUCUUCGAGCGUGCUGUAGAAUUCUUCGGCGAAGAGCACAUGGACGAAGCGUUGUUUGUUGCCUUCGCCAAAUUCGAGGAAGGCCAGAAGGAGGUAUGGAAAUUUCAGAAGUUCGUUUUAUUUAGACUUUCACUGUUUUGUAAAACUACUUGCGAACGUUUUUUGCUAACAUUUUUUGCAGUUAAUACAUAAUG